AUGUCAAAAGUUCCAAUUUACAUCGUUACCGGAUUUUUGGGAUCAGGUAAAACUACCCUUUUGCGUCAUAUAAUAAGUAGUUAUGACCAGGAUAUAAAGAUAGCCAUAAUACAAAAUGAUUUUUCUGAUGAAAUGGGGAUUGAGGCCCCUACAAUGCAGGAUAAGGACGGCAAUUUAUUUAAGGAAUUCUUUGAGCUCCCAAAUGGUUGUGUUUGCUGUACAGUCAAGGAUGAGCUCUUAAAAGCAAUUGAGCAUUUAUUAUCAAUGAGAAAGUUUGAAAAAAUAUUACUGGAAACAACAGGAGUUGCUGACCCAGAGCCAAUAAUUGAGAAGUUUUGGCUAGAUUGUGAACUUGAAAGUAGUGUUGAGCUAUCAGGAGUAAUUACUGUAAUUGAUACUUUUAACUUCAAAAAUUACCUUGACUUGGGCCUGAUUAAUCAGAAAGUUAGGUGUAAUCCUAAUAAUAAUUUAGUUGAAAAUGAUAGCCAACAAAGAAACUCAGAUUUAAGUCAUAAUAACACUCCACAGAAACUUUUAUCUCCAGAAAUAAUUAAGCAAAUAAUGCUUGCAAACAAAAUUGUUCUCAAUAAAACUGAUCUAAUUGAGAAUAAGUCAGAAGGCUCUUUAGAUAAUCUCCAGGCAUUAGCAGAAAUUCAAGCUAUUGUAAGAGCCAUUAACCCAAUUGCUCAUUUGGUUACUGCAAUUAAAUCCCAAGUUAAAAUGGAAUGGCUGUUUGAUCUUGAUGCUUUUAAUAUUCAUAAAAUAAUCCACGAAAUCGAUAGAGCAUUCAAUAAUUCUUUAAUUUCUUCACAUUCUAACAAUUCCUUACUCAAAAAUAUCUCUUCAUACACUAUUUCUUUCAAUAACAAUACCUUGUUUGACCUUAAGUCUCUUGAGAGAGCAAUUGCAAAAGUUGCUUGGGAGGAAGAAGAGGAUAAUGAGAACAAAGGACAUAUGGAGGAACGGAAUCAAGAGCCUUUGAAAUAUGAUUCUGUGAAUUCUAAAUAUGGAAAAUUAAUCCGAUUUAAAGGUAUAUUCAAAGCUCAAAAUUCAAUCAAUUCCAAUUAUCAAAGUGAUUCCACUGGCAUAUAUGCUUUGCAAGGUGUUGGACAAAUUUUUGAAAUUUUACCCAUUAAAAUCAAUGAAAACCUUGAAAACUCGAAAUUUUUCUUCUUGGGUAUUAAACUUGACAGUAAUAAUCUCAAUACACUUUUAACAUCCUGUAUAAUCAAAUAG